AAUAAUAGAUUUCACAAACCAUCAAUUAAAUUUAGCCAUUAACAUUUAACCGUCCAAUUCCAAAUGCGUUCAAGUUGGCAAACUCCGAAGAAGGAAAAGAAAGAAACAUAAAAAACUGAACAUAUACGCUUAUUUGGGGAGCGGAUAGUAUAACAACAGCUCCUUUGUUGUUACUGUAACAACGGGAUUCAUUAAGGGUAAUAGGGUAAUUUAACAUUUAAUCCAUCGCCAAAUCAAGAAGCGUCGGCGGCUGUUCCGAUCAAGACCAGCAACUAGCUCGGGAAGCUUCCUCCGGUCCCCAAUUUUCCGAUGGCUAUACCAAUCACCGGCGACGGGUCGUUCGAGAGGCUAACGCUGGGACCGCCGACGAGCACACCAAAUUUAAAACCCAAUAAGCAGCUGGUUCGUCCGAUCCCGCCCUCUUCCAAAAUGGCUGAUCUCAAUUGGAAGCAGAGGAUGAUGAGUAGUAGUAGCCUUUCCAGCGGUCAUCAUCAUCAGGAAGGGUUUUUGCCUCUGUCGCUGAGGCUUUCAACGAGUCCUUCCUCCGACGAGCAGUCAUCGUCGGUGCCGCCUCCCCCUGUUGUCAGCUUAGCAAUUGGGGGAAUUAGCUGGGAUUCCGGCCUGCCAUCAAUGAAUAUCUCGCCUUCCCACCACUUCACAAACAUGCAUGAGUCAGCCAGGAACUUGUGUUGUUGGCGGGUGAAGAAGACGGAGAUGGAGGAGUUGCGGUAGAGUUGGAUUUUGGAGAUGUGGUUUGGCGAAAUCGGGUCGAUCAUUGAGGAAAAGGUCGAUUACUAGCAUGUCGGAGGUUUUGGGCUCUCAGUUUUGUUUUUGGAUCUCGUGAAUUUGGUGUAGGAGCCAUUGUUACUCUGCUGGUAUGAGAAGAAGAAAGUGCAAGGAAUGAG